GGCGGGCUCGUUCUGUCUCGUCGUCUCCAUUAAAAGCAGGGAAGCAGAAUAAAGGAAGGAAAAGGGAAGAGCUUCCGCUUUUCACGCAUAAAAUCUCCAUUGUUUCAAUUCGCGAAACUAUAAUUUAAGAAUCCCUUUUUAUUGUUUUGCUCUAAUUAGAGAUCAGCGGGGUUGGAAGCUCUUCAGAAGGGAGGUGGCUCCGGAAAUUUUGAAAUUUCUCGGAGAGCGAAGACCCCUAAUUUCCCUUCCAUUCCCUGGACUCCCACCUCCUUCCUCAACGGAUGACUUGAAUUAGGGUUCUGCAAGUAGUUUUUUUUUCUGCUGCGAUUCCUUGUCCUUUUCGUCUCCGUCGCAGAGGCUCUCUUCGGCAGAAACACGCUUGGAUUCUCAGCUAUGCGGGAUUUGUGUGGUGAAAUAUCUGUUUUCUCUUCUUUAUUGAUGUCUGAUUUUGAUCAAAAUGAGAAAAAACUGCGAUUUUGAGGAGGAACGUAGAGAAAAAUUGUGUUUUUUAUUGCAUUUAUUCGAGCCUGAGGAGGGAAUUGGGUUUUGGUGCGAAGAAGAUAAAGUCAGAUUGAGAAGUUCGGUGUUUUGGUUUGCUUUGGGAUAGGGUUGUGGAAUUAGGUGUUAGGACUUGAGGUCCUUUGAGGAACUGCUGGGCUCCUCUUAAGUCUCUAUCUCUGUUUUAUGGGGAUUUCUUUAGUUUUUAUAACUUUGUUUCCAUUAUUUGGGGGAAACUUGACUUUGGUUCCAGGAAGAUGAUGCUGGAUUGAGAAAAUUGUGAUUUUGUAAGCAUUAGUUUUGUGAAUUGUGUCUGUGGAAUCAUGUCGUCUGCCAUGCCCUUAACUCCAAUGGCUGCAAAGAGCUCGUUGGAGGAAAUGCUGGAGGCCCUCAAGCAGAGGGACCAGAAGCCGAAGGAUGUGCCACCAGCAUUGCCAGUACGACCCACCUUAAGAGGACGCCUUCCUUCCUUGAGGAGGUCAUUGCCAUUAAAUUUUCAGACAGAAACCAACACAGCUGAAUGCCUGUUGAAGAAUCCAAAGAAAUGGGUGCAGAAUAAAGAUGGGCAGGCUUGGAAGGAAGACAAGGAGGCAGUAUUCAAAAGCAGUAUCUUCGGAAGCAAAAGGUUUGCAAAAGCAGACCAGCCAGAAGAAUCUCCUUAUGAUAAGAUGUCAAAGCUAGACAGCUAUGAAGAAAAGUCAGAAGAUGUUGAUGGCUCGGAGUCUCCUGUGGACCCCUUGUUGUUGGGGGCUCUGUCGGAAGAGAAGCUGAGGCUUGAUCACACAAAUAAUUAUGUCUUAAAGAAGAAACUUCAGGUCUGGUGUCGUCUUCCAGAUGAUGAGUGGGGGUUGGGAGAAAUCCAAUCAAUUUCAGGGAACAAUGCUAAUAUCUUGCUGCCUGAGGGCAGAGCUUUGACAGUGCUUGUAGAAAAUCUCUUACCAUCAAAUCCACAAGUCCUUGAUGGAGUGGAUGAUCUAAUACAGCUUAGUUACUUAAAUGAACCUUCAGUUCUUCACAGUCUUAAAUGCAGAUAUGUUCAUGAUAUAGUGUAUACCAAAGCAGGGCCUGUUUUGGUUGCAAUCAAUCCCUUUAAAGAAGUGCCUCUGUAUGGAGAUGACUAUAUUGCAGCUUAUAGGGAGAAAACUACAGACAAUCCGCAUGUCUAUGCUAUAGCAGACAGUGCCUUCAAUGGAAUGAUGAGAGAUGGCGUAAAUCAAUCUAUCAUCAUAAGUGGUGAGAGCGGAGCUGGGAAAACUGAAACAGCGAAGAUUGCAAUGCAAUACCUUGCUGCCCUUGGGGGUGGCAGUGGGAUAGAGUAUGAACUUCUUCAGACUAAUCCUAUACUGGAAGCAUUUGGAAAUGCAAAGACACUUAGAAAUGACAACUCUAGCCGAUUUGGGAAGCUGAUUGAUAUACAUUUCAGUACAUCUGCAAGAAUUUGCGGUGCAAAGAUCCAAACCUUUUUGCUUGAGAAGUCUAGGGUGGUUCAGCGAGCAAAAGGAGAAAGAUCGUAUCAUGUAUUCUAUCAGCUUUGUGCAGGAGCUCCAGCAUCCCUCAGAGAGAAAUUAAACCUGAAAGCAGCCAACAAUUAUGAAUAUUUGAAGCAGAGUGACUGUCUGAUAAUUGAUAAUGUUGAUGAUGCUCUAAGGUUUCACAAGCUGACGGAUGCAUUAGAUAUUGUUCGAGUCUCGAAGGAAGAUCAAGAGAGUGUAUUUGCAAUGCUUGCUGCAGUUCUAUGGCUGGGAAAUAUUGAGUAUUUGGUGAUUGACAAUGAAAACCAUGUGGAAGUCAUUUCAAGUGAAGCUGUAACGAAUGUGGCAAAAUUGAUGGGUUGCAAGGUUCCUGACUUGAUGCUGACUUUAUCAACUCACAAAAUUCAAGCUGGAAAUGAUGUAGUUAUUCAAAAGCUGACAUUGCCCCAGGCCAUCAGCACCAGAGAUGCAUUGGCCAAAUCAAUUUAUUCUAGCUUGUUCGACUGUCUUGUAGAACAAAUUAACAGGUCACUUGAAGUAGGAAAAUUGCGUACUGGGAGAUUUAUAAGCAUUUUGGACAUAUAUGGGUUUGAAUCUUAUGAUAAGAACAGCUUUGAACAGUUUUGUAUAAACUAUGCAAAUGAAAGACUGCAGCAGCACUUCAAUCGGCAUCUGUUCAAACUUGAGCAGGAGGAAUAUAUCCAAGAUGGGAUCGACUGGACAAAAGUUGAAUUUGUGGACAAUAAUGAAUGUUUAAAUCUUUUUGAGAAGAAACCCCUAGGGCUGUUAUCUUUAUUGGAUGAAGAGUUAACUUUUCCCAAAGCAACCGAUUUGACCCUUGCUAACAAGCUUAAGCAGCAUUUAAUUGGUAAUCAUUGCUUUAAGGGGGAAAGAGAAGGCGCCUUCAGAAUUUGCCAUUGUGCUGGAGAGGUUCUGUAUGAAACAAAUGGCUUCUUGGAGAAGAAUGGAGAUCCACUUCAUUCAGAUUCUAUCCAAUUGCUUUUAUCUUGUAACUGCCAACUCCCUCAGUUAUGUGCUGCCCGUUUACUUAAUCAAUCACAGAACCCAGUUAGUCCUUUUUGGCGAUUAGGUAGUGUUGAAUCACAAAAGCACAGUGUUGCAACAAAGUUUAAGGGUCAAUUAUUCAACCUGAUGCAGCGGUUAGAAGGCACCACUCCUCACUUCAUUCGAUGCAUUAAACCAAACAGUAAGCAGCUUCCUGGCAUAUAUGAAAAUGAUCUUGUCUUACAACAGCUCAGAUGCUGUGGGGUUUUGGAGGUGGUCAGGAUUUCAAGGUCAGGUUAUCCAAGUCGGAUGACACAUCAACAAUUUGCGGAAAGGUAUGGCUUCCUUCUCUUGGAGGAUGUUCAGUUUCAGGAUCCACUCAGUGUUUCAGUUGCCAUUCUUCAACAGUUCAAUAUCCUACCUGAAAUGUAUCAAGUUGGUUACACAAAGUUAUUUUUCCGCACAGGACAGAUAGCUGCACUGGAAGAUAUUAGAAACCAUACAAUGCAAGCAAUCCUCUGGAUUCAGAGACGUUAUCGUGGUCUUCAAUCUCGCCACAAUUUUCAGGAGCUCAAGAAAGGAGCAACUGCACUUCAAUCAUGUAUCCGAGGUUGGUUGGCAAGGAAGAAAUCGUUCAAUCUAAAGAGUCUAGCAAUGUCCAAGCUCAAUAACGAGAGAAUUAAUAUGGAGCCAAAUAGGAAUUUUCAAGAAAUGCAGGCUUCAGUUCCAGCAGAGGUUGAGAUGCAGAUUCUGAAGUCAGAAGCAGAACUCAGACAAAAAUUGGUGGAGAAUGCUGCAUUACAUCAACAACUUCAGCAAUAUAAAGCAAGGUUGUCAGAGUAUGAGGCGAAAAUGAAAUCUAUGGAGGAGCUGUGGCAGAAACAAAUAACAUCAUUGCAGAUGAGUCUGGCUGCAGCAAAAAAGAGUGUUGCUGCUAAUGAUAGAGUGAACCAACCUGGAAGGCUCGAUGCAUUACCAAUUCAUCAUAGUUAUGACUCUGAAAGUACAAUGUCUACUGAGGCACAAACACAGGAAGGCACACCAAAACGACAACAUCAAACUUCUGACACUGGGCUGGCAAGAGAUUCUGUUGACAAGCGGAAUGCAGUUGGCCGUCUUGCAAAGGAGUUUGAACAGCAGAAGCAGGCCUUUGAGGAUGAUGCACGAAACCUUGUGGAGGUGAAGCAGUCAGGUUCAAGCACAAAUCCAUUUGAAGAUCUACGGAAACUGAAAUCUCAUUUUGCAGCAUGGAAGAAGGAAUACAAGGUCCAGCUACGUGAGACAAACAUAGCACUUCGUAAAUUUGGGAACUUUGAAAAGAAAAAACCCCAUAGAAGAUGGUGGGGCUGUAGCAGAAAGCAAAACAAAUAAUAUGAAUUUUCAACAUUCAGCUCUUUCUUCUGAGUGGCAUUGCUUUUGUACCCAGUGACCAAGAUUGUUUAUGUUCCAACUCGCUAGGCUGGAAACGUAGGUGAGAACUUUUGCAGAAAGCUGAAGGGGGCUCUUUACCCAUAUCUGAUUCUAUUGCUACAUUUCUGCUGUACUUGCAGUGCACAAGAUUGUUGUAUAACUUUGACCAUGUUUAUCGACAUUUGGAGUGGCUGAAGUGCCUAUCUAUAGCUAAGGGAUGGCCUUGAACAUGUAAAAGAAGAAAAUUACUUGUUAUGAUUCUUUUAUUUUUUGGGAUUCGGAUCAUUGAUUUCAGAUUCAUGAACAUUGGGAGAGGACUGUUAACUACCAUUUUCGGAAAUGACUAGAUUGUGAGAA